AGAGAGAGAGAGAGAGAGAGAGAGAGCAAAAAUGAAAAUGAAGCCAAUACAUUCAAUCCUGCUUCACAUUCUGGUGGUUCAGCUUCUAACAGCUCUAUCUGGUUCACAGGAUUUCGAUUUCUUCUACCUUGUUCAACAGUGGCCAGGGUCUUACUGUGAUACAAAGCAGAGCUGUUGCUACCCAAAGACAGGGAAGCCUAAAACAGAUUUUGGCAUUCAUGGCCUUUGGCCCAAUUACAAUGACGGUUCUUAUCCAUCCAAUUGCGACCCAGAUGCCUCUUUCGAUCCAUCCAAGAUCUGAGACUUAACAAGCAGAAUGCAAAAUGACUGGCCAUCACUAGCCUGUCCAUGAGGCGCCUGCUUGCAGUCUGGGAGGGGCAAGUGUGUACACAGCCUUACCCCCUGCUUCGUAGAAGAGCCUAUUUCUCCGCACUGUAUCUCUUAAAAAUUGUACCAUGUAAUCACUUGUUUUCUUUUCUUUUUCCGAAGAUCUAUCCUGUAUUAGUCUCAGCAAAAUCUCAUAGGCAGAAAAGACAAGAAGUUAGCUGAGAAAGAAUAUGAUACUUGCAUGAUGCUUGAAGAUAAUUCUGUUUCGAGUUCAAGAUGUGGGUGGUUCACUGCUGUACAGAUCAAAUGGGAGGUUGAAUUGAUCUGGGAAUGUGACAUUCAAAAAUACAGAUAUAACAGCAACUUAAAAGGGUUUCAAGUCUGACCAGUGUGUAUGCCUUGGUCACUUGCAA